UUCACGGCUGAUAAGUUAAAAUGUAUCCCAGAAAAUAUUGGAAAGUAUAAGGCCAUGGAUAUUGGUCAACUCCGAUUUCUUGAUAGCUUUCAACAUAUGGGAAUGGGACUUGAUAAAUUAGUUGAAUGGCUAGGUGGAAAGCUCAAAAAAUUCCCUUUAACUGUCAAACAUUUUACUAAAAAAGGUUAUAUACUUGAAGUUGAUCUAGAAGUUCCAGUGCAUUUGCAUGAUUUCUUUGCAAACUAUCCGUUAGCGUCUGAAAAGCAAAUAGUUUCAGAAGACUGGCUUAGCUUGUAUAAUGAAAGAUUAGUCUAUAAUAAAGAAGUCGGGAGUGAAAAAUACAUGUCCGGAGAGAACGCUCUCAAGUUUAGGCAAUCUCUGUGGAUGAAAGAAUAUAUUGAGGAAAAUAUUUGCAAAUGCAAAAUAGCCAAGGUUAAUGAAGAUGAGUUUGGG